AUGAACAGAUCGACAAUAUGGCGCAAAGCGCCUGCUUUCCCUCUGGCUAGGCAUACGUGCCGUGCGCAAUGGCAUCACGUCCCACGUCGGAACUUUACUUGCAGCAGCUUCCUUCAUCGUGAACAUGACCCGAGAAUAAAGGCAUUGGACAGGGAAAUAUCUGAUGACUAUGCCUUGAUACGAGAGAAAUACGAUACUCCCAAAUACCCCAUCGUCCUCGCCCAUGGCCUCUUUGGCUUCGCUGAACUACGCCUCUCCCCCUACUUCCCGGCCGUCGAAUACUGGCACGGCAUUCGCGAUGCCCUCACUGCACAGGGCGCCACCGUCUUGACUCCCACCGUGCCCCCCUCCUCCUCCAUUGCCGAUCGCGCAGCCGCCCUCCGUUCCGCCCUCGAAGCCCAAAGCCCUGCCCCCGAAGCCUUCACCAUCGUCGCUCACAGCAUGGGCGGUCUCGACGCCCGGUACAUGCUAUCCCACCUCGAGCCUCUUCCGGUCCGGGUUGCAGCCCUCGUGACAGUUGCCACGCCGCACCGCGGAAGUGCCUUUGCUGAUUACCUUCUGGACGAAGAGGUCUCACCGCUGCAUCAAUAUCUGCCCCGACUAUAUCAAACCUUUGAGAAAGCCGGCCUCGGUACAGCGGCCUUUUCGCAACUGACAAGACGUUAUAUGGCCGAGGAGUUCAACCCGAGCACGCCAGACCGGCCUGAUGUGCGAUACUUUUCCUACGGAGCAGCAGUAGAGCAGCCAGCGCUGUUGAGUCCGUUUCGGCAUCCGCAUGCUGUCAUGACACAAGCAGAAGGACCCAAUGAUGGGCUCGUCAGCGUGGAGAGCAGUCACUGGGGUACAUACAAAGGCACGUUGGUCGGAGUGAGCCACUUGGAUCUUAUCAACUGGUCUAAUCGCGUGGGAUGGACGGUGCGGGAGUGGAUGGGCAUAAAAAAGAAUUUCAAUGCCAUCGCGUUCUAUCUUGAUAUAGCAGAUAUGUUGGCCAAGGAAGGUUAUUGA